GCCCACCUGUCAGACAUUCGCAGCAAGCGAGUGGGAAUUUCAGCACCACUUCACGAAAGAACAGCUCCAUUUACAGGGACCGCGUCUGUGAAAAGGACUCUUUCAAGAAAGAUUUGUCAAUUAUAGGCGCCGUUAAAAUUAUCGACAUCAUCUUUUAAACACGGCAAAUAACGUCCACAUGACUGAAGAUAACCCUUUCUGGAGUGUAAGAAUUUAUUUUUAACGACAAUGUCUCCGACUUUUCUGAUGGGAAUCUGAUACGAAACCGACCUGUCAUACUGUAUCAGUAAAGAAGAAGCGCAAGUGUGCCCAUGCUUAUAGCACAUCUGGAAAUAAUGAAUACUUCUUUGUUAAACUUUGCUGGCGGACUUCAACUUUUGGAAGGACUGGAAGUAACGGUUGUUGUUCCAGUUGUUUUAGCCGGGAUUUGUUUGAUUGGGCUUGUUGGAAACCUUCUGGUGUCAGUGGUUCUGAUUAACAAUUUAAGGCAAGGAAAGUGCUCAGUGGUGAAUGCAUUAGCCAUUAAUCUCGGCGCCGCCGACCUUUUGAUUAUACUGUUCUGUAUUCCAUUUCGUGCCAUCACCUACUCGAAGCAAUCCUGGGUGUUUGGCAGCUUUGUCUGCAGAACAACAGACUGGUUUCUUCACAGCUGCCUGCUUGCCAAGAGUUUCACUCUGGCAGCCAUGGGACAAGCGAGAUAUAACUACGUGCUGAAUCCACCAAAGUACUUUCAUGUGCAACCAAAGCGUAUCGCUGGGCUAGUGUUCAUAAUCUGGACUAUUUCUGUGGUGCUACCCGUUCCUCACAUUGUAUUUACUAGUUUGCGCCAGGGACACAGUGGCGCUCUGUGCAUCUUUCAGGUACCCUUUUACGCAUCCAACUUUAUAAAUGUGUUCAGCAAAAUUUACCCAGCCUUGGCGUAUGUCAUCCCUUUUGUUUUUACUGCUGUUUGCUACGCGAAGACAUUUCUAAAAGCGAAACUCAAACGCAACAGGACUCCAAACCCUCGACCGCACGGCAAAAGAGUCACUCUGAUGCUGAGUUGUCUCAGCUGCGCAUACGCGCUUCUCUGGCUUCCCGAGUGGGUAGCGUGGAUUUGGGAACGACACAGUUACAAGGAACAACAGAAACCCCCUACCGCCCUCAUGAUUCUGGCUCAAGUGCUGGUAUUCGUCAGCUGCACCGUGAAUCCCAUGAUACUGCUCUCCAUGUCCGAUGAAAUCCGGGACGGUUUGGCGAGCGCCUGGUCUCUCAUCACCUGUAGAGGUACAAGGGAUUCCGGGGAAACCCGUAGUCCCAAGACAGGGGAGAACGGAGCCGAAAUGGGAAGCAGCGUGAUUCACUCCCUCCAGGACGCGCAGACACAAGAUAAGACCGAGAUCGCCAAAGACAAAGCCGGGAUCGUCCUGCCUGACGUUGAGCACUUUUGGCAAGACAGACGUAAUACGACUGCUGUGGAGGACAACGACCCCAUCCCCUGGGAACAUCAGUAGCAGCUGUAACCAGCCGGGGGCUUGUACUGCGUUGGUGGGAUUAAAAAUAAAAAAAGAAGGACGCCAGUUUGGUUAACAUUUAAUAUUUAUAUACAGCUACAAAGGGAAAAAUAAAUGCUGGGUGUACAGUUUAGACUGAAGCAAGUGAUCAGUUAAUUUUUAUAAUCUUAAGAAAACGAAAUGGUUAGUCAGAAGGCUGGCCUCUGCUUCGCGCAUGGAGAAUCCCUUGAACGACUAUGAAGGUUUUACCCCGGAACAAAAAACGAUUCCCUAGGGUUGAUACGUUCGUGUGAGGGUACAUAUUUAAAAAUGUUACUGAUAUCGUAUGUCCUUGUUCUGAUUUACUCGAAAUCUUUUGUUCUCUGGAGAUAUAUUAUGGGCUAAAUGUAUAUUUCGCGUUGUCAAAUUUGUCUUUUAUAGAGAGAAAGUCUGGUUUAUGGGCAAGUGAUAUUUUGGAACUAUAGUGGUGGUUCUUAUAGCGCCUCUAGUAAUAGAGUGUAUUUUAAAAAUUGCGCUAUGGAAAAAAAACAAACAAAAACGAACAAAAAAAACUAUAUUUUUAAUGUUUAUUAUGCUGUAUUUGGAGUAAAUAAAACGAGACAGAAAAGUGUAUUCGUUUAUUACAAAUAAACAUGUAGCGUGAAAAAUGUGAAGUAAGGGAAUCCAAGUCAAACAGCAGAUUGAUGAUAUCACCAUUUACAUGAUUUACUGAUAAAAUACAAUUGAACUGAAGGU